CCUUCUCUCUCGCCCUAAUAAACACAUCCCCGCACGAACCCGCUUGCCAAAAAAGAGAAGUCAGGGAGGCGCAUCAUAAAUUCGGAGUGGUCGAGAGAAGCCCAAACUUAUAAAGGAGGACAUAUUUGUUAACUAAUCUCGAGAGAAACAGGUGAUGGCGGUGGCGGUGGCCAGGGAUCUGACAGUGCAGGUGCUGGAGGAUGUGAACGUUAUGAAGCUGAAUGACAGACAGCAGGCUCUGCGCGCUGCCAUCCAGAGAGGAGAGCCCAAAUGUCUGGGGGUGAGUCAGGUGAUGCUGGGGCUGAUGGUCAUGUCCUACUCCAUUCCUCUGCACUUCACUGAGGCCACUGAGGUGGUCAGGCUGGGAGUUCCUUGGUGGAGUGGCCUGAUGUUCAUUACAGCAGGAGUGGUUGCAAUCAUCUUGGACAAGCAGUGCACCAUGAAGAUUCUGCAAGUGUGUUUGAUAGUGAGCGUGGUGUCCACUGUGCUGUCAGUGGUGGCUGUGAUCAUCUACUCUGUGGAUAUAGACCAGAACAUUGUAGUACCCUGCACCAACAUGCCACUCAACCAAUGUCCUGAGAAGCACUACGCCACGAGGCUAAGCAAAGGAGUGAAGUCGUCCCUCCUCCUCUUCACCCUGGCCCAGACGGUCAUCUCUGCCAUCCUCUGCUUCCUCCUCUUCAGACAGAGAAACGGCUUCGGACAGUACACUACUCUCACUCAAGCUGCUCAAUCAAGCCCCACAUCAUUCAUACCCCCCGACCUGAACUAAUCAACCAUUGGACCAGUAGUCCCCUAGGUGAUGGUGAUGGUGGUCACUUUUCAUCAGGUGACUAAUUACCUGUUGUUCAAAUUGAAUUUGUCUAUCUACUUGUAUCAAUCACUUAUCCACUGUGCUACCUGACCAGCUGAAGAGCAUCUGCUUUCAAAUUGUCUUCAUGAGUGGGAUGAAAGAAAUAAUAACUUUAACUAAACAUUGGCGUAACGAUUAAAAUGUGACACAAAUGCAUUAAACGAGACAGGGGAAAGAUAGAACAAAUAGAUUCUGAUACAUGCAGAGACAAAGAUAUUGUUCUUUCUGGUGGUAGAACUGUCACAAGACACUUCUGUUGCCAUGAAAUGUGAAAAUGAAACCUGACAAUGGUGGCUGAGUAGUACAGGAGGGAAGUGGUUGGUAUUUUUGUGGCUGCACAGUACACAGUAGCAUCCGGAAGAUUUUGUCAUAUAGAAAAAGUAACUGAUUGCAUAGGGAUCCCCCUCCUUUAUUACACUAAGCCAUAAGACACACAUUAAAAACUAUGCCCUCUUCUUCUGGUUCCCCGACCGGAGAAUUGGCUUCGCCUACUGCUUAUCUCGAUGAAGCAACUCUCCUAAUGAUGCCAUAGUCAGUAAUUCGGCCGUAUCAGCUCCAUCCACUGAUGAAGACAGUGUGAUACGGUUAAAAACACCUGGAAAAGCUAGUGGACAUAAAGUUAAUGUCAUGGAUUAAAUGAGUCAGAGCCGAGCUCAGUCCACUCUGUGGAUUUGUGAAGAUGAAUGGAUAAAUCAGGAUGUCCUCUUGUACAAAGCUGAUACGGCCUUAGACUUAAGACUAACUGCUACCAGUGGCCCCCUCUAAAUAUCGACUUAAAUGAGAGGAAUACUUAUACAAUCAGUUAUUUUGUGUUGUCUGUUUGUACUUAAUCUUGGCCAGAGUUGGAUGGAUCACCAGUGGCACUGCACUGCACUGGCACUAGUAGUGAUGCAUGGACUGAACCUACUUAUAUUAUGUGUGUAACAUAACUUAAGUUACUUUAUAUAUGUUCGCACUUAUUAGAACCCAAGCUACAAAUUUUUCUAAACCAAGUAGUUCUCAAACCUAACCAAACUGUGACCAUUUAAACUCAUAAAAUGUGAAAUUUUUCUCAACAAGCAUUAUUUUCAAAGUGUAACUGGAUAUUGCAUAUUAAUGGCUUCUAACUUGACUGCAGAGCCCUGUACAUGGAAAACACAUAGGGGUACCUACAGCCUCAUAGUUUGAAGUAUUGGGUCACUGACAAAGCUGCUGUAUUUGACAAGUUGGGAGUAGAACGUGUUAGCGGAUCACAGUUAUAUCUGUUGAUAGCGGAUGGGUUUGCGGCUGGGUGAAGAGAGACGAUGUGUGCAGUUAUGCAUGACACACAGCAGAGUCUUCAUUGAUUAUUUAAAUCUGCCGACGCCUGUCUGUCCUGUUAAGUUUAGUACUACAGUUUAGUUUUGACGAUUAAAUGUUGCAGUGACAUUGCUGCAUGCAUUAAAACAUUCAAAAUGACUGAAAGCAGCCUUUCUAAUCAUUUAAGUGAAUUGUUAAAGAAAACACUGGUACAUCAAUAUAAGAAAUCACCUGUCACGUUGCUUGACAUCUUUUAAAAGGCAAUAUAGGCUACAGGGAUCGGUAGAGGUGGAGAGAAUCAUUUGUUUUGGUGGCCGAUGGGUGGAUGGUUUAUACACACAUGCAGAUUUGGAUGACAUCAGAUCCAUGUAUCACUACAGCCUAGUUCAGCUGAAGAAGAAACCUCACUUCACUCCUUGUACCCACACAGACACAGAGUCCUCUAACUUCUCCUGUCUCUUGAUUUGAAAAUGUUUCUGUCUCUCAGUUUUGGAAGAGAUGUGUGUAUGGUACAACAUACAUUACUAUGUGCACUGUUAUACUUUGUUGACACUGUUAUAAAAGACGUGUUCAUCCAUUUUGUACUAACUCUUUGACAUAGUUUUGUGUAUUUUAUACAAAUAAAAUUGUAUGUACAUAAAUAUGAAUGCAA